GUCAAAAAGGCCCCCAAGGCCUUCAUACACUUGCUUUUGCAUUCCGUUGCCAAAAAUUUAUCUCCGUUCUUCUCUGCUACAGCUCUCUGCAGUCACUGAAGAGAUCUACAGGAGUGUGAAGGUUGAUUUUCAUGGAGGGAACCGGAGGUGGUGGUCCCUCGGCAGUGUCACCUGUGAUCCAAUGGAAAACUGAUGCGUCCAGGCUUUUUCAGUAUUAUCUGGAUAAAACUACUCCUCACCCGGUGUAUAGAUGGGUUGGAACCCUAGUUGUGGCUGCGAUUUAUGUUUUGAGGGUUUAUUAUGUUCAAGGGUUUUAUGUUGUUUCUUAUGGUCUGGGCAUAUAUCUUUUGAAUUUGUUGAUUGGGUUCCUAUCUCCUCUGGUUGACCCAGAGCUGGAAACUUCGAAUGAGGCUUUACUGCCCACAAAAGGUUCAGAUGAAUUCAAGCCUUUCAUUCGCCGUCUCCCUGAGUUUAAGUUCUGGUACUCCAUUACAAAGGCUUUCUGUGUGGCAUUUGUCUUGACCUUCUUUUCUGCAUUUGAUGUUCCUGUAUUUUGGCCUAUAUUACUGUGUUACUGGAUUGUUUUAUUCAUCCUUACAAUGAAGCGCCAAAUCGUACACAUGAUCAAAUACAAGUAUGUUCCCUUCAGUAUGGGGAAGCAGAAAUAUGGCGGCAAAAAAUCUUUUGCAAGUAGCAGUGGCUCCAAUAUGGACUGAACCUCGGCUGAUCAAUGACCACAGCAACUGAAAUAACAACCAAGAAAAGGAGGGAAAAGAAAAGCAAAACAGGAAUUAAGAUGAUUUAUGGACUUCAGAGAAUUUCUUCUUUCUGAAGUGACAUGUAUCUACUACUUUAUUAUGGAUUUAGCAUGUAGUUGAUGCCUCUGCCAUGUUAAAAUUUGCAGAUGUUGCAGGAUUGAAAAUUGUUUGUACACCAACAUAAUUAAGGUUCAAUUAUCUUUUUGAUUGGGAAAUAUAUCAUCUGUAGGAUUUUGUUCUUGA